UCUAGACCUAUCGGAUUCUGCAACUCGCAUCCAGUACAAGACAGGCCCUGCUCAUAUUCCGUUGCUUUCAGUCCUCCUGGAUAAACUGUGGCGGCAUGGCUGUAUGCUUCUUCUCUUUCCCUAGUAUCUGCAUAUCAUGCACUUCAGUUGCCUUGUGUCGAUCACAACUCUUACUAAGCAGGCACAAGGAAGUAGAGAACAAAGGCCUAACCAUGGCUGCUAAGGCUAAGCAACACAUGAAACCUGGCAUGCUCAUGCCGUGGGCCAUGGUAAUCCUGCUGUUGUCCUGUGGAGCUGGAACCAUCAGCUGCACGACCCGCGACGGGGACGACACGGAUCUCGUCUCGCUCCUUGAUUUCAAGCGCGCGAUCAGGAGCGAUCCGAGAGGGGCCCUGAGCUCAUGGAACUCUAGCGUCCACUUCUGCGGCUGGAAGGGCGUGUCGUGUGGCCGUCCGGAGCGCGUCGUGGCACUGAACCUGUCCGGGCAGGCUUUGGACGGUCAGAUCUCUCCUUCCCUUGGGAACAUGUCAUACCUUGCCUCCCUUAAUCUCUCCACGAACAGGUUCUCUGGACAGAUACCUCCUGAUCUCGGCUACCUGCGCAGGCUCAAGUUCCUUGACCUGAAAUACAACUCGUUACAGGGAAGCAUUCCGGACGCAGUCACGAAUUGCUCCAGCUUGCGGGGAUUGUACCUUGCAGGGAACUUGCUUGUGGGAGAAAUUCCCAAGAAAUUAGCCCUCCUCUCAAGCCUGCUACAUCUAUGGCUUCACUCGAACUAUCUUACAGGGACCAUUCCACCUGACCUAGGUAACAUCACAACCUUACGGCACGUCAUUCUUCAAGCUAACCAGCUCCAUGGAAGCAUCCCCGAGGAGCUUGGGAAGCUAUCCAACAUGUCAGACUUGCUGCUUGGUGGAAAUAGGCUGACAGGUAGAAUCCCAGAAGCACUCCUGAAUCUCUCUUCUCUGCAACAACUGGCCAUGCCAGUGAAUAUGCUUCAUGGUCCACUGCCAUCUAGGAUCGGGGACUUCCUCCCUAACCUCCGGCUCCUUUACUUGGGUGCCAACAUGCUGGGAGGUCACAUCCCGGAAUCACUAGGCAAUGCAUCAGCGCUGCAGUCGAUAGAAUUGGAGUACAACUAUGGCUUUACAGGCAGAAUCCCUCCUUCUCUUGGUAAACUUCAGAAGCUCAGAACGCUAGGUCUCAAUGAUAACAAUCUUGAAGCAAAAGAUAGCCAAAGCUGGGAAUUUCUAGACGCAUUAACCAAUUGCACUCGUCUAGUGAAGCUUUCACUCUAUGGAAAUCUGCUGCGGGGAGUACUACCAGAUUCAGUCGGUAACCUUUCGUCUAAUCUUGACUACCUCACGCUUGGAAGCAACAUGCUAUACGGAUUGGUCCCAUCAAGCAUAGGAAACCUUCAUAAGCUAACUAAAUUAGAUUUACAGAACAACAGUUUUACAGGUGCCAUUGGUGGAUGGAUUGAAAAUAUGGUUAACUUAGAGGGUUUAUACAUUCAGAGCAACCACUUCAGUGGGCACAUUCCAGAUUCCAUUGGUAAUUUUUCAAAGUUGACAGAGCUGUUUCUAGGUGAGAAUCAAUUCUAUGGUCCCAUACCCUCAAGCUUAGGAAAACUUCCACAGCUCUCAAAUUUAUACCUCAGUUAUAACAAUCUUCAAGGCAAUAUACCAAAAAGUCUCAUAGCACCCACAAUUGUUCAAUGUUCAUUAUCCAACAACAAUUUGGAAGGCCAAAUACCUGAUCUUGGCAACCUUCAACAGAUUAACUAUCUUGAUCUUUCAUCCAACAAGCUUACCGGGGCAAUUCCACUUUCUUUGGGCACUUGCCAGCAACUGCAAACUGUCCUAAUGGAGUUAAACUUGCUCUCCGGAAGUAUCCCCAUGUCUUUCGGCAAUCUUAAUAGUUUAGCCAUGCUCAACCUUUCUCAUAACAAUUUCUCAGGGUCAAUCCCAAUUACUCUAAGCAAACUACAGCUUCUCACAGAAUUAGAUCUGUCUCACAAUCAUCUUGAGGGUGAAGUACCAAAAGAAGGGGUAUUCAAAAACACUACAGCCAUUUCGCUUGAAGGAAAUUGGCAGCUCUGUGGAGGUGUGCUAGAAUUACAUAUGCCUCCAUGCCCCAAUACUGUUACUCAGAGAAGAACUGGACGGCGACACUAUUUUGUAAGAAUAUUGACCCCCAUGUUAGGCAUUGUGUCCCUCACAUUACUGAUAUAUUUUAUCAUCUCAAGAAAGAAGGUGUCAAGAGCACAGUCAUCACUGUCUUUUUCUGAUGAGCAAUUUCCUAAAGUUUCUUAUAAGGAUUUAGCUCAGUCCACAGAUAACUUUUCAGAGUCUAACUUGGUUGGGAGAGGAAGCCAUGGUUCAGUAUACAAAGGAAGGCUAAUAACUCCUGAACCCGUGGUUGUGGCUGUGAAGGUUUUUGACCUUGCCGUGGAAGGGACUGAUAGGAGUUUCAUGUCAGAAUGUCAAGCUCUGAGAAAUAUCCGGCACCGCAACCUUCUUCCAAUCCUAACUGUGUGCUCAACAAUUGAUAAUAGGGGCAAUGAUUUCAAAGCUCUAGUCUAUAGGUUUAUGCCCAAUGGCAAUUUGGAUUCUUGGUUGCAUCCUCCUGGGUAUGGAAACAAUGCGAAUAACCUGAAUCUGUCUCAAAGAUUGAAAAUAGCUGUUGACAUUGCUGAUGCAUUGCAAUAUAUACAUCAUGAUUGUGAGAGUCCUAUCCUUCACUGCGACUUGAAGCCCAGCAAUAUUCUUCUUGACAAUGAUAUGACCGCUCGUCUAGGAGACUUCGGCAUUGCAAGGUUCUACCUUGAAACCAAAUCACAAACAGCUGGAGAUUCGAGAUCAACUGGUACAAUAAGCUUGAAGGGAACAAUUGGAUAUAUUGCUCCAGAAUAUGCCGGAGGUAGUUACCUAUCAACUUCUGGAGACGUGUACAGCUUCGGUGUAGUCCUGAUGGAGAUGUUGACGGGGAAAAGGCCAACCGAUCCUCUCUUCUGCAAUGGACUCAGCAUCAUCAACUUCUGCGAGACAAACUUUCCUGACCAGAUACUUGAUAUAAUUGAUGCUGAUCUCCUAGAAGAAUACAAGGACUGUGCUCGAGCAAACCCGGAAAAGGGAAACGGAGCCCUUCAGUGCUUGUUGGCCCUGGUGGAAGUGGCACUUUCUUGCACAUGCCAGGCCCCUGGCGAUCGAAUGAACAUGAGAGAAGCAGCUGCAGAGUUGCACGAAAUCAGACAGUCCAGUUCUAUUGGGGUGGAUGCUAAAUUGCUAAGUAUGAUUCAUUAGUUUGGUAUACACCAGAUGCUAUGCACUUAUGGAAUCGGACCUCCGGAGUCCAUCCUGGGAGGAAGCACGGACGCGGCACCGAGCUAGCUUGUUCCUCAUCAGACAGUGCUCCGGCCGUACCCCUUCUCCAAAGUCCUCGCGCGCGCGUCACCAAGCACCAAUCGCCGCGCACCGCCCGCAUGCCGCCGGCCUUGCCGCGACGCGGUGUCCUCCGUGGCGCUUGCUGCUGUCGUGCCGCUGACCUCUCCACGUCCACGCCGGUGCGCACGGACCGUCCAGCCGCCACGCUGCAGCGCACCCCCCGCCGCCCAGUCGAACGCGCGUCCAUCAGUACACACGCCCAGAGGCUAGAGCAGCCGUCCGUGGAACCGCGCGCGCCGCCGGCGUCCAUUGCGUCGUUGCGAUGGAGGCAAUUGACGACGGAUCCUUCUACCUGGGAAGCCGGAACACGUCGCCAACUAGGAAAGCGGGCGGUGCUGGAGACCUGGGCGACGCGGCGGGCUGCCGUGUUGGGAACGGCGCUGGCCGGAUCGGACCCCAGGGGUAGACGGUACUUCGUCUACCGUCCGGGGGUGGACGGUAAAUGAAAUACCGUCCACCCCUAGGCCUCUCCCGAGCGUUGGAUCGGGCUUGUGCGGUCAUGAUCGGCGCGGAUGGGGAGCCAGGCCCUCUCCGCUUUCCUCGCGCGACGCGCAGCCUGCCGUCGUCCCCUUCGACGAAACGCAGCGCGUGGCUCGCAGUCGGCGGACGUGCCGGCGUCGAACCGCAGCACCCGACUUCCGAGAUGAGGGACGAAGCGGUGUGGCGGUGGAGACGGCUGCCGGCGAGCAGCACGCCGGCACCGGCACCUGCGCGGUGCCGCCGCCCGUGACUUCGUUCGCUUCCACACGCCGUGCGUAGGCCGUGGCCCGUGGCGCCAGGCGCGGCCAUCCCUCGCGCGCGCCGCCGAGAAGUAGCCUCCUCCCGUGCCUCGUCUUGAACGUAUUUAUAAGAUCAAACGCAAGAGAGGACACCAUUUGUCUAAGGGUACGGUGUCCAUGGUUCUGUUCUGCACAAGGUAGAA